AUGGAGCGUCUAGAGAGAAGACUGCCUGUAGCUUUCCUCCUCUUUCUGCCUCUUCUUUCUGUCAGCUGUGUCUCCAAUCAGAAAUCUACAGUCUCCUGGUGCGUGAUAUCUAAUGCUGAGGAGCAGAAGUGUUUGGAUCUGGCCGGGAAUGCCACAGCUCGGAAUAUUAGAGGGAAUUUGCAAUGUGUCCGUGGCCUGAACACUAGAGAUUGUAUGGACAAAAUCAAGAAUGGGACAGCAGACGCAGCCUCCAUGUUUGGAGAUGACAUCUAUGCUGCUAGCCUCUGCCAUGGCCUGGAGCUGGCAGCAGGAGAGUCCUACAACGGAGUGGAUGGUAUUAGCUACUACGUGGUGGCGAUGGCUCGUCGCUCUUCGUCAGACCUGUCCCUGCUAGAGAUGCAUGAGCGCAGCUCCUGUCACCCCGGGAUACGCACUACAGUUGGGUGGACAGUGCCCAUUGGCUACCUGGUCAACACCUCCCAGAUCAGUGUAGGGGAUCAGUGCAACUUCCCCAGAGCGGUCGGAAACUUCUUUGGCUACAGCUGUGUACCGGGCGUCAAAGACCCCAGACAUGACCCCAGAGGAAACAACCCCAAGAACCUGUGCGAGGCCUGUAUAGGAGAUGAGAACGACAGACACAUCUGUGCCAACAACCACAGAGAGAGGCACUACGGAGAGGCAGGGGCCCUGAGGUGCGUUGCAGAGAACCUCGGUGAUGUGGCCUUUGUCAAACACACAACAAUCUUCGACAAUUUGGACGGUAAGAACCAGGAAUCCUGGGCCCUGGAUCUGGAGCUGGAGGACCUGAAGCUGCUGUGUCCAGAUGGAACCGAGGCAGGUCUGGAUGAGUAUGAGCGAUGCCACCUGGCAGCCGUCCCUGCCAACGCUGUGGUGGUGCGCAUGGAGGACAAGUGCCGCGUCUGGAAGUACCUGGAACGCUUACAGAAUGUGUUUGGCAACGCCGCCGAGGGCUUCAGUCUGUUCAGCUCAGCAGGCUACGGUGAAUCCGAUCUGCUCUUCAGUGAUGCCACCCACCACCUGCAGAGGGUUCUGGGUAGCUGCACCUCUUGGCUGGGCCCCUCUUACACCACCAUGCUGCAAGCCUUUGAGUGUGAGGGCUUCUGCUGAUGGAACAGGAGGAAGACAUCCAGCGCAUCAACUUCCACCCCAUUCCUCCGUCUCCGUCCUCCCAUUCUGCCUCCCCUCCCUGCCAUCUGUGUCCCCCCCGUCAGUCCGUCUCACAUCCUUUUUGCUUGGCUUUUUGUAUUUGUUUUGUCCUUGCAUUUCACUGCACGUUCUCAAUCAUUACGUCCUCGUCCUCCUCCAACUUAGCGCGUCUUCUAAUACGCUGGCUGGCAGGGUAGGACAUUGCUAAGAGGGGCUAAUCGGAUAAGAAAAACUUCAGAAAAAUGUCCCUGAAAUUGAGCGUGGGUUUAAAAAUGACACUGGGAAGAAGGGGUAGGAAAGAGAGAAGAUAGGGUAAAAAUAGAAAACAAUAGAAUAGUAAAGAUUCGCAGGUUAAUGAGUGCUGUAGUUAUUAUAUUGUUGACAGAUUUUCUCUUUUUAAAGCAUUUUUUAAAAGAGGAUUUUGUUGGAAUUAACCCAUAAACAUUAGUGUCCCCAAAUUUUUUUAUAUACACAAAAGAAAAAUCCUAUUAUAUAAAAAUGAGUUCCUACCCUGGACAUUUGUUGGGAAAUAGUGUUCUUCUUGGCUUGCUGCAUUAGUCUGAGCUUCAGUACCCCCCCUCACCCCCUCACCCCCUCCCACAGGGUCUGUCUCUGGCACUGAACAACUGGGUGCUAUUAACUUUGAGCUUAGAAGUCUCAGUUACUGUAUGUGUGUGUGUGUGUGUGUGUGUGUGUGUCUGUGUGUGUACACUUUUUUCCCACAGCCAUUAUUGCCCUAAUUGGCAGUCUGGCAUAUUAUACUGUUUGUGUGCGAGUGAGAGAAAGUGUGUGUAUGUAUGCAUGUGUCUGUACUUGUGCUAAUGUGUGACUGUGUGUGUGUAUGUGUGUGUGUUGAUAGAACUGCUGCUUUCCCAUGGCUUGUAUAGCUUACGACUUUGGAUCCCUGCUUUCUCACGUCUGGUAUGGUUGAUGGGACUGUGCCAGCUCACAGUGUAUUGUUACACUUUACUGUACAGUUAGGAGAAGAGGAUUAGGGCUUGGGUUGCCUCCAGUGACCCCUUGAGUACGUCUUUUAAAAAGCUUUGGUAAUUUUCUCAUCUGUGACAACAUUUCCAUCACCCGAAAUUCCCCCGAAUACGCUCUCCAAAUCCCUCUCCCUCUCUCCUGCUUCUGUUAUUAUCCAUGUAGCAACAUGUAGAGGGGCUACGUGGACUCCUGUUGUCUCUUUCUACGACAUGUCAUUUAUACUGAAACAUUGCUACCAAUAGCAAAGACACUGAUAAUGAUAGGAGGCAAGAGUUACUCACAGGAGGAUGUUCAAGGCUGGAUUUACAAGCAGCAAAUUAGUCGGUGCAGUGUGUAGUGUUGUCAGAAGAAUUGUCACAAAGAAGAGUAUUACCGAAUUAAUGUGCUGUGAAGAAAUGGUGAUUGUUAAAAAAAUGCACAAGAGAAUUUCUCCUGACAUGUUUAAGGAAGUGUAAUUAAAGAGUGUAAAGAUGAAUCGCAGUUAAAUCAUCAGCCAGUUUAAAGCCUUACUUGACAUACAGAAUCGGGUACUGUAAAAUGUAUAAUAGAUUGUAAUUCUGAGCUUCUCUUGUUGGUCUCCACCUCUAUGAUUUUCUUUCACGUUCUGCACCGCAGAGCUCAGCAAUAAACUUAUAAAGUGGACAAUGUUCUCCUCAUCAAACUGGUGGUUGUCGACCUCAUAAUACUGGAAAAGAAAUCCUUUGAGUUAGAGCUAGUACAACAGAUACAAACAAAGGGAUGUAUUCAAUUUGCAUGACUCUGCUUUGAGAGAAAACACUAAUGUCCUCUUUUUGAAACAAAAUAUCGCCACAUUUCACCUCACUAGCCGACUGCAUGUGUUACGUUUUGGCUCUUGAUGGCAAAAAACUCCCCAAGUGUGAAUGUGGAAGAUGGAAAAAUACCACAAUUCUCGAGAGAGGCACUAUUGUUCACCUCAUUAGCGAACAGCAAAAAAAAGUCUUUGUCAUCUGGUUCAAUCUGUUGUACUAAUUCAACUCUGGUUUGUAACAAUGGUGCUGUUUGUUUUUAUUGUUUGUCUGAAAGUCUUUAAAGAGGCUUGAUGUAAAUACUCCUCACUGCCUGAAUGUGUAGAGCUGCAAACCUUCU